AUGGCAUAUCCCGGAGGACGGCCUGGAGGAGAUGAAGCACUCUCUUUAGGUCGAAAGCUGGGUUUGAGGAGGUCUCAACAGCCUAUGUGUGAGUUGUGUGGUUUGAAUGCGCACCCUCCGAAGUGCUUAGAAUGGACUGAGAUGACUCUGGAACGUGUCAAGGGAAGGGAUGAAGAAGCGCGAUUACGUCUAGAUAGUGGGGUUGAACUGAAGGAGUUUAGUGAACGAGAUCGGGUGUAUCGCGAUACUGAUAUUACUGUGGUGAAAGACCGGGAAGCUAGGAGGAAGCUGCAGGAACGGAGGUCGAGAAUACAUGCCGCGAUCACAAGAGAAGCUGAAGAAGAGCAGAAAGGAGACGCGUCUGCUAGUAUAGAAGUGUCACUGUCUGUUGGGGAAGGGGAGCGUAAGGUAUUAAGAAAAUCUAGCAGUCGAGAAGGCAUUCAAUUGUAAGUGUUGAACGGUGUGAGGGCAACGCGGAAGUGAACUCGUAGAGCAAUGUAUGACUCGAUGCUUUAAUGAAACGUCGGAAAUAUUCCUACAUAUACACUCACGUGCAUUGCUCUUCAACCCUCCGAGGGAUUCAGAAGGUGAAGUUCUCGACGUUAAUGCUAAGCUUCUACAGUAAAGGGCCUGGCAAAUCUUAUUCAAGUCAAUAGUUCUAAUCGUCGCGACCAGCCUCCCGAAUCCAAAUCCAAACCAAGGACCGACUCUCCUGAAGGCCC